GAUAUGCGUCCCGGCUGCGAAGAUGACACAUGCCGCUCACGCGCCGCGGGUUCAAGAUAACGACGUUUCCACUGUGGACUCACCAUCCCGCGCGUGCACUCCGGUCAAGUUGGACUCCGACAUUUAUCACUUGAGUGUACAAAAUGCGAUACAACCACCUGUUCUCAGUGGGGACGGCUGUUUUCUGGGCGCUACUCCUGAGUCAGUCAGUUCUCUGCCAUGACAAGACCCACUCGCACGCAGAGGACGAGCUCUUCAAGACGCUGUUCGCCGGGUACAACAAGUGGUCCAGACCUGUGCCAAACAUCUCCGACGUGGUUAUCGUCAAGUUCGGACUCUCCAUCGCUCAGCUCAUCGACGUGGACGAGAAGAACCAAAUGAUGACAACCAACGUGUGGCUGAAACAGGAGUGGAACGACUACAAGCUUCGCUGGAGACCGUCAGACUACGACAACGUGACGUCCAUAAGAGUGCCGUCGGAGCUCAUAUGGGUUCCAGACAUCGUCCUCUAUAACAACGCCGAUGGUGAAUUCGCCGUGACACACAUGACCAAAGCUCACCUGUUCUACACGGGGAAAGUCCGCUGGGUCCCGCCCGCCAUCUACAAGAGCUCCUGCAGCAUCGACGUCACCUUCUUCCCCUUCGACCAGCAGAACUGCAAGAUGAAGUUCGGCUCCUGGACCUACGACAAGGCCAAGAUCGACCUGGAGCAGAUCGAGAACACCGUGGACCUCAACAACUACUGGGAGAGCGGCGAGUGGGCCAUCAUCAACGCCGUGGGGACGUACAACACCAAGAAGUACGACUGCUGCCACGAGAUCUACCCGGACAUCACCUACUUCUUCAUCAUCCGGAGGCUCCCUUUGUUCUACACCAUCAACCUCAUCAUCCCCUGCCUGCUGAUCUCCUGCCUGACCGUUCUGGUGUUUUACCUGCCGUCGGACUGCGGCGAGAAGAUCACCCUGUGCAUCUCCGUGCUGCUGUCGCUCACCGUCUUCCUGCUGCUCAUCACGGAGAUCAUCCCCUCCACGUCCCUGGUCAUCCCGCUCAUCGGGGAGUACCUCCUCUUCACCAUGAUUUUCGUCACGCUGUCCAUCGUCAUCACGGUCUUCGUGCUCAACGUGCACCACCGCUCCCCCAGCACCCACAAGAUGCCCCGCUGGGUCCACUCCGUCUUCCUGGACCUGAUCCCGCGCUGGCUGUUCAUGCGGCGGCCGGCGCCGGACGGCCGGCGCCGCAGGCUGCUGAUGCUCCAGCAGGAGGCGGCGGCGGAGCGGCGGCAGCUCAGGAUAGCCGGGUACAAGUCCGGCAACCUCCUCAGCACCUCGGCCACCUGGCUGAGAGACGGGACCACGCUGGAGGACUCGGACAGGAGCUGCUACGAGGACCUGGAGCUGGGCACGCUCACCUCGUAUUUCUCCUUCCGCCCGCCGUCCCCCAGGCCGCCGGGGUCGACGCCCCCAACGCAGCAGAAGACCCCGCAGAAGAGCCAAAGCCGGCAGGAGACCCCCACCGGGACCAGCAGACAGCUGACGGGGGCCAGAGUGAACUCCACUCAGCGACCUGCGAAAGUUGACAACAGGGAUUCGCCGUUCCUGCUCUCGCCAAGUGUCAUACGUGCGCUAGAAGGCGUGCACUACAUCGCAGACCACCUGAGGGCCGAGGACGCCGACUUCAGUGUGAAGGAGGACUGGAAGUACGUCGCCAUGGUGAUUGACCGCAUCUUCCUGUGGAUGUUUAUCAUCGUGUGCCUGCUCGGGACGAUCGGCCUUUUCCUGCCGCCGUGGCUCGCCGGCAUGAUCUAAGGCCUGAACAUUAUAAAAAACAUGGUAUCACAGCCACUUCCACUUGAGUGAUAUUUGACAUUUAAACUGUAGCUGAACUCCACCUCAGAAGC